AGCCUAAGUGGAGUCAUAACAAAUUCAUACAAAAGUAUUUUCACUUUUAUAAUCAGUGAACACUCCCUUCUUGUAUGUGAACAAAGGCAGUUACAGGUAUGUACAUACAUGUGCAUCAUGCAGAACAAGGAAAUCAUUAUAAUUUUUGCUGUGCAUAGCUUAGGUUCCUCUGCCUAUUAACGUAGAGCAACUGAACAUGAAAAAAGUCAAAAGAAACAAACUAGUUUAGUCUGUAGAUGACCUACAAGUGCUGUGGUGACUACAAAGAUACUUUAUGGGUGGAUCAGUCAACAUCAACAGAAAGUCCUCAGAGCCCUAGUAGUGAGAUGUCGGCACACUAAUGAUGUCACUUCAUGAUGUUACACCCAGAUUGUACUGUACAGAUUUGAAUACCAGAAUUCAAAUUUGAUUUAAACAGAGGCAACUGAAAGUGCUGCUAUACAACCUAACAGCAGUGGGACAAUAAUGUCACAUAACCACUAAAUAGCGAUACUAUAGCAAAGAUAUUAACUUCAUCAGUGAAUGUGUCACAGCAGAAACAGAUAUUUAUGGACGAUUUCUUACAGAAAUCUUAAGCUGCACAAUUCUUUUGUUCAUCAGAAAUCUUUGUGACUUCAAUACUUCAUUGAGAAACAUGGCCAGAGAAAGAAAACUAUUAAAACAGAUUUUAGGACUUACCAUGGCUAUCCUGAUUACCAAUUUGUUUGAGGUGGAGACACAUAAAGAAACCAACAUGGCUUUAAAGUUUAGCAACAUAGAUGAACCACAGCAUCAUAUAAGACAAAGACGAGCAGUACCAUAUGACUAUGUGGCUGAAAUUGAGAUAAAUACAUCAGACAUCUCUGUGAUCAAUGAGAUGAAGAUUUAUCUGAAUUAUCUCAUUCAAAAUUAUAAAGAGAUUGACAAUCUGACAUUAGUUGAUUUAAGCUUCACCACAGUUUGCAACAUGUUACCAGGCACCGCUGAUUACCAGUGUAAUUGUGAGAAUCAGUAUUUCUGGCCUUGUGACAAAUGUACAGAUUAUGGGAGCUGUAAUAACAGCAUCACUAACAACACAUGCAGCUGCAUCAAUGCUUAUCCAAAUAAUGGACAGUUCUGUCAGCCAAUCAGCGAGAUAACAAAUGUCACAACAUGUCAGCAAACAGCUACAGCCAAACCAGUAACUACAGCCAAACCAGCAACUACAGCCAAACCAGUAACUACAGCCAAACCAGCAACUACAGCCAAACCAGCAACUACAGCCAAACCAGCAACUACAGCCAAACCAGCAACUACAGCCAAACCAGUAACUUCAGCCAAACCAGUAACUACAGCCAAACCAGCAACUACAGCCAAACGAGCAACUACAGCCAAACCAGCAACUUUAGCCAAACCAGCAACUACAAUCAAAAAACCAGUUACAGUCAAACCAGUACAACCACCACCAACAAUACUAACAGUUAUUAAAAUGUCGAUGAGGAUAAAUCAAAAUUUUGAGACCAGCCUCACCGACAAUGCUAAUCAGAAGUACAAAUUGUAUGAAGAUCUCAUUAAAUCCGCAAUUGAUAAAAGUUACAUGAAUCUGCCCAACUACAAUAAAGGUUCAGUAAAAGUCAUUGGCUUCAGGUCUGGUAGCAUUAUAGCAGACUACACCAUUUCUGCAAACAGCACCAAUCUGGAUGUUACAGCCGCAAACACACAAGUUUCUGACACUCUAGCAGCUGCAGGAAUCCCUUUAGCUCAGGAUGCUUUUGCUGAAAGUGUGGAAAGAAAUCUGACAACCAAAGAUAAAUAUUAUCCUCUGCAAGAUGUGGAACUGAGGUGUACACGUCCAAAUUCUGUUACGGGAACAAUAAAAUGGAGUGUGAAUGACAAAGAUCCUGCAGGAAACAGUGCAAAAUACACCAUUACAAAUGAUGAGAUUGGUAGCACUCUUAUUGUAAAAGCUGCAAGUGAAAGUGACACUGGUAGAUACUCGUGUAUCAUACAAAGCUCCCCAAUACCUUACAUUCAGUGGCAAACAGUAUCUAUUAUACCACGUCCUAAUAUUAUAGUGAAUACAACUGAUAUAAAGCUUCAGUGUAAAGACCAGACUGUCCCACUGACAUGCUGUGCAGAUGGUUACUCAGUUGAGUGGUCUGGGACUGUUGAUGGUGAUGUCAUGACAAAUUCAGGGCCUGGCUGCAUCACAUUACUACAUAAUAUCUUAAACACAAAUUGUGGGUCUAAUGACAUCUUAAAAUGCCAACUAAAGAACAUGACAGAAUUACAAACAUUUGAUUAUAGCAGCAGGACAGUUCAACUUCAGACGGUCAGAGAGUAUGACUGUAUAGAUGACAUACUUGGAGUUGGAAAAAUAGGUGACAAUGUAACAGGAUUGUGUGAAAAAGGCCACGAAGGCCUCAUAACGUAUGUAUGUAAACAGACAACAGAUCUCAAAUAUUACUGGACAGAAGUACAGAGAGAUUGUGUUGUUCAAGCUAUCAAAGACCUUGAGAGGAAAUCUGAGGUUUUAUUUGUGGAACAGAUUCCAGUCUUUAUGUCAAACCUCAGUAACACUGUAGUGCAAGAUAAACCUGCGAUAACACAAUCUGCUGACACUGUGCAAACCAUUGUUAACAUACUUACCACAGUUGCUAGUAUCUCACAAAAUAUUACCAUCAGUCAGCCUGUGAUGGAGGAUUUUCUUAAAACAGUGGACAUCAUUGUAUCAGAUGCAUCUAAAAACACAUGGAUAGAAUUAAACAAUGACAACAAAACAGAAAACAAAAGCACUGAACUUCUUCAAGCUAUUGAGACUAUGAGUGAUCGUCUCUCUAAUGACAAUUAUAUGAUCAAGGAAACCUCCAUUCAGUUACAAAGAAAAAAUAUAACAAGCUCAUUCACUGAAUCAUCUUCACUGCCAAACUCAACUACUCAGAUUGUGAUACCAAGUGUUCUUAAACCGACCCUAAUAACCACUAUUAUCUUCACAAAGCUUGACAAUGUUUUACCAACUCGUAAUACUUCUAAUAAUGACAAAAAGACCUCAGAAAACCACAUCAAUGGAGACGUGGUUGUUGUUAGGGUUAAUGAAGCAAUUAAUAACAUUUCAUUUGCUUUCGAUACUACGAAUACAUCAUUGAAAAAUCCUCAGUGUGUCUUUUGGAACUUUCAUCUCAACCAUUGGGAUUCCACUGGAUGUAAAGUCAAGGGUACAGGGAAUGAAACAGUUACAUGUGAAUGCGACCACACAACCUCUUUUUCAAUCCUGAUGUCACCGUUUGCAAUUGACAACCUUGCCUUAGCCUAUAUCACAUACAUUGGUGUAGCUAUUUCAUUAGCCAGCUUGGUUUUAUGUCUCAUUAUUGAGGCGAUCGUAUGGAAGUCAGCAACAAGAAAUGACACGUCGUACAUGCGUCACGUCUCAAUAGUCAACAUUGCUGUGUCACUGCUGAUCGCAAACAUCUGUUUUAUCAUCGGCGCUGCGAUUGCAGACCAAGAGCAGCCAACCUCAGUGGGUCGCUGCAGUCCAGUAGUUUUCUUCAUGCACUUUUUCUACCUGGCUGUUUUCUUCUGGAUGUUCAUCACAGCACUUUUGCUUCUUUACCGCACCGUCAUUGUCUUUUCUCAAAUGUCAAGGACUAAUAUGAUGGUCAUUGCCUUCACUGUUGGUUAUUGUGCACCUUUGCUCAUAGCGGUUAUUACUGUUGCAUCCACAGCCGGACCUAAAAAUUAUAUUUCAAAAUUAAAUGCAUGUUGGCUGAACUGGUAUGAAUCUAAGGCCCUGUUGGCAUUUGUCAUUCCAGCUCUGAUCAUUCUUGCCUUUAACCUUGUGGCUUUGAUUGUGGUUGUGUGUAAGAUGAUAAGGAGAGGAGUUGCCAGUACAACUCAAUCAGAUGAGAAACACACUCUUGUGGUCAUUGCUCGAUGUGUGGCCAUUCUGACUCCUAUCUUUGGUCUAACAUGGGGAUUUGGCAUUGGAACCAUGGUUUCCGUGAACUAUGGCCUUCAUGUGGUGUUUGCAAUCCUUAAUUCACUGCAGGGAUUCUUUAUUUUGGUGUUUGGAGUGCUUCUGGACAGCAAGAUCCGCGAGAUAUUGGCAGGAAAGUUGUCACUGAGGAACCUUACCAGCUCUGACCGUACCAGGAGCACUACUGGAGGACAACCUUCAAGUGGACCGGGUUUGUUUCCAAAGACAAGGAGAAAUGUGUACAACGUAUCUGAACCAAAUGCUACUUCAGGAGUUACAUCUUCAAACAGCACCAGUGAUGCAUAUAAUUCAUUUAAUCCUUAACUACUUCAUGAUCUAAUGCCAGAAAACCUUUCCAAAGUGUUUCCUUUCUGUGUAUGUUACCUGCUUUCGAUCUUUCAUGAUAAAUACAAAAAAAGUGUAUGGGCUGGUAUUCAUUUAUUAAAACACAAGCAAAGCUGUGCAAAUACUGUAGACUCUAGAUAUUAUUGAUACGGUAUCAUUUUUUGGUUAUAAGUGAAAGUCAAAUCAUGCCAAUAAUUAUGGUAUUAUUAUUAAAUACAGUUUAAAAAUG